CUAAUGCAACACUCACAUUUGCAAGCACGCCUCACUAUCAGCAGUCCUCUACCACCUUCACCAAAGUCAUAUCUUCCCCGACGCAGAUUUCCCUAUCCUCUCCAGACACAUCAUCUCAUAAUGCCUAAACAGCAUGAUCCAGAAGCCAUCUCCAAUUUCCUGGCCGAACAACGAGACGAAGCCCCAGUAGAACUACAACACACCUUUCUUACAUUCGAGGAUCUAUGGGACAGAAAGCUAUGGCAUCAGUUGACGGACACUCUGUUAGAAUACUUCUCCAAUCCCGAGACUGCCUCUCAAAGAUUGUCCAUCUACAAUACCUUCAUCAUCAGUUUCGCCGACAAGAUCAAUCAGCUGAAACUGGUCAAGUUAGCUUUGGGUGCAUCCGCGCAGAUCACAGAUGACAAUGAACGAAGUCAAUUCCUCCAGACACUUGCCACAAGAGUAGACAAACCAGAUUCGGAAGACGCACAUGUCUACACCAUCACCGAACUUGCCAGCGUCUAUCUGCGAUUAGGCGAGAAAUCGAAAGCCAGGGAACAAUUGGACAAGGCACAAAAGACCCUGGACCAAUUCGAUUUCGUCGAGAACAUCGUUCAUGCAGCCUUCUACCGAGUCAACGCCGACUACUUUCAAACCGAAGGUGACUACACCUCUUAUUAUCGAAACUCCCUGCUCUACCUCGCCUGCACCGAGGAGGAAGAGUUGACAAAAGAGGAACAACAACAUAGAGCCUACGAUUUGGCGAUCGCUGCGCUUGUGUCAGAUACUAUUCACAACUUUGGCGAGCUACUAUUGCACCCUAUCCUCAACGUCCUAGAAUCGCCACAUCCACAAUCAUGGCUGCGAGAUCUGGUAUUUGCUUUCAACCGCGGAGAUCUAGCAGCAUUUGACAAGAUGUCCAAUAAUUUGAGCAAAGAUCCGAUCCUGGAGUCACACCGACUUUUCUUAUGGCAGAAGAUCAACUUGGCUGCACUGACGGAACUGGUGUUUAAGCGACCGCCUCAUGAUCGUGCCAUGACAUUCAAGACCAUCAGCCAAGAGACCAAGGUCCAGCCCGAUGAGAUUGAACACUUGAUCAUGAAAGCGCUGAGCUUGGGACUGCUGCGAGGAAAGAUUGAUCAGGUAGCUGGCAUUGCAAAGAUCAACUGGGUACAACCUAAAGUCCUGGGUCAAGACCAGAUCGAAGGUAUGAGGCACCGCCUCAAGGAAUGGGACAGCAAUGUCAACGAUCUGGGCCAUUGGAUAGAAGGCGUUGGCAAGGAUGUAUGGGCUGCUUAAAGGAUAUGUUUCCUCUUACGGGCAUAACGAAUGGUGUUAUGGCGGGUGAAUGGCGUGUUUCUGCAUCACUAGCAGCCUUGCAGACCUAAAAUGUAGAAUACUAGAAGCAAUUAAUGCAGCCCGACUUUCCAGAAUAUAUACACCACCUCGAAUAAUUGCUCGAGGAUGGAGAGC